AUGGUCGUUAUGCACCAAAAUAGCACCUCACGCGGCGCCCGGUUCAGACCCGAGGGCCGAGCCGAGGAUGCCUCUCAAAGUGGCGUGGUGGUCCGGCGGAGUGCGAGGCCGAGGCGCGAUGCCCGCUCCGGCUGGCCAUUCCAGCCGCUGCCGCCGGAGCACUCCCGAAGCGCAAAAUGCCAAACCAAACUCGGGAUGCGCACGGCUCUGCACCAAGCAACGAACAUGCCCGCCGAUGCCCCCCAUCGAUCGUCGACAUCCAAGCAUCUCAUUGUCCAGCUUGACCCCGAUCUCCAGCAGAUUCAUUUGAGCUAUUUACGUACUUCGACUAGGACCGACACCUUGCGCGCCUUCCGACGCCCCAGACUAGGCUUGCUUUGGGCCGCCGCGGCUGCGCUCACGCUCCAUGCCCUGUUGUCGCGGGUGAUGCCCGAUGUCUAG